CUGUUGUGAAUGUACGAAACGGGAUGGGAAACUGCAACGGUAUACAGACCGAGGACAAUCAACUCCACCCACAAUCACAAGCACCACCUCCGACUAAUGACGGCCUCACUGUGCGGCUUUCUGAAGAAAAUCCCAUUUCACUGAACCAGCAUGAACGGUCCCUGCAGCCACCAACGGUCGUUGCUCGUACUCGCUCAGACAUCGGGCGCGUCCUUGGUCGUCCGAUGGAAGAUGUGCGAUCUACAUACAUAUUCGACCGUGAGCUUGGGCGUGGUCAGUUCGGGAUUACCUAUCUAGUCACUCACAGAGAGACGAAAGAGCAAUACGCUUGUAAGUCGAUCGCCACUCGAAAUCUUGUGAGCCUUGACGACAUCGAGGGCGUCCGUAGGGAGGUGCAGAUCAUGCACCACCUUACCGGUCACUGUAACAUAGUGGAGUUGAAGGGGGCCUACGAGGAUCGACGCUCGGUGAACUUGGUGAUGGAGCUCUGUGCUGGUGGUGAGCUUUUCGAUCGAAUCAUUGCCAAGGGGCAUUACUCUGAGCAAGCUGCUUCUGCACUGUGUAGGCAGAUUGUGACUGUUGUUCAUAAUUGCCACUCCAUGGGGGUGAUGCACCGGGAUCUCAAACCAGAAAAUUUCCUUUUCCUCAGCACAGACGAGGACUCGGCGUUGAAGGCAACAGAUUUUGGCCUGUCAGUCUUCUUCAAGCCAGGAGAAGUGUUCAAUGACCUUGUUGGAAGUGCAUAUUAUGUGGCUCCUGAAGUGUUGAGAAGAAGUUAUGGAGCUGAGGCUGAUAUUUGGAGUGCUGGUGUGAUACUUUACAUUCUUCUUUGUGGGGUCCCACCUUUUCGAGGAGUGAACGACCGGAGUACUUUUUCUGCUAUUCUUCGGGGACAUGUUAACUUCUCAUCUGAUCCAUGGCCUUCCAUAUCCCGCAGUGCCAAAGAUCUUGUGAAGAAGAUGCUAUGGUCUGAUCCUAAGGAACGACUUUCUGCUGUCGAAGUUCUAAACCACCCAUGGAUGCGAGAAGAUGGAGAUGCAUCUGACAGACCAAUUGAUAUUGCUGUCUUGACAAGAAUGAAGCAGUUCAGGGCAAUGAAUGAACUGAAAAAAAUGGCAUUGAAGGUGAUUGCAGAAAAUCUUUCUGAAGAGAAGAUCAUGGGGUUGAAAGAGAUGUUCAAAUCCAUGGACACAGAUAAUAAUGGAACUAUCACUUUUGAAGAAUUGAAAGUGGGUAUUUCAAAACUCGGUACCAAGCUUUCUGAGUCUGAAGUUAGGCAAUUGAUGGAGACGGCUGAUGUUGAUAGAAAUGGGACUAUUGACUAUACUGAGUUUAUAACAGCCACAAUGCACAUGAAUAGAAUGGAGAAAGAAGACCACCUGUAUACUGCCUUUCAGUAUUUUGACAAGGACAAGAACGGGUACAUCACACUGGAGGAAUUGGAGCAAGCCUUGAAGGAGUAUAACAUGGUUGAUGAGAACAAAUUGAAAGAGAUAAUUGCAGAAGUUGACACUGACAAUGAUGGAAGAAUUAACUAUGAUGAGUUUGUAGUCAUGAUGAGAAAAAGGAAUCCUGAGUUGGUCACUAACAGACGUCUCAAAAACCUUACAACGUAGUCAUAUAUUUAGCUGCACUCAAGCAAUUGUAUCACGACGACAACUGCUAGCGGAGUUGGUUGAUACCCUGCCAGUAGAGUGCAGGCCUCUCAGGAGGUCAUGGGAUCAACUCUCUUAUCUUCCACAGUAAGGCAACCCCCCCUCCCCCAAGUCAGUUCGCCCCACUCUCUGGUA